AUGUGGAAGGAGCGGCAGGUCUACGCCUUACUUCAUUACACACAGGAUCUUCAGGGCGGAAAUACAGUUAUCAUUCGUCUGAAAGCUGGAGAUGUAGUAAUCACUCAACACGAGGACAGUGGUGGCCAUGUAGAAGGAGCGGCAGGUUUACGUCUCACUUCAUUACACACAGGAUCUUCAGGGUGGAAAUACAGUUAUCAUUCGUCUGAAAGCUGGAGAUCUGUUAUUGAGGAUUUUCGGAAAUUGAUCAAAGAUCAAGCUGAUCAGAAAGCUGAAAUUGAGGAUUUUCGGAAAUUGAUCAAGGAUCAAGCUGAUCAGAAAGCUGAAAUUGAGGAUUUUCGGAAAUUGAUCAAAGAUCAGGCUGAUCAGAAAGCUGAAAUUGAGGAAUUACGGAAAUUGAUCAAAGAUCAAGCUGAUCAGAUAGCUGUAAUUGGGGAAUUGCGGAAAUUGAUCAAGGAUCAAACCGAUCAAAAAGCUGAAAUUGAGGAAUUGCGGAAAUUGAUCAUUGUUAAAUCCAAUUAUAAAACUGAACUUGUGGAAUUGUGGAAAGUUAUCGAAGACCAAGCUAUUGGAAUUGGUAAAUUGAAGAAAAUGCAAAACUUACUCAAGGUUUAUGACAACGAGAUAAUCAACAUAAAAGCUGAGACUGACAUUUACUUAAAUUUGAAGACUUCACAGUUAAUACAGCAUGGACACAUUUCUAAAAACAUACCCAAAGAUGAGAUAGAGCUGGCUGGAAGAGAUGUACCUGUUAAGGAUUCAGUCAAUAAAAGAAACCAGUCUGUAAAUGACACUAGCAUUGUGGGGUAUAAACUAUACAAGAGACUUCUUCAAGCUGGUUCUGGCGGUAUCGCAUUCAGUGCUUAUCUUGACCACAACAUCGAUUUUGGCGCACAUCAAAUUUUGAAAUAUAACAGGAUUAUAACAAAUGAAGGGAAUGGAUACAAUGUACAUACAGGUUCUUUUACGUGUCCAGAAAGUGGAAUGUAUUUACUGUCUUUCAGCAUUGGACAGAGAGGCGACAGUGCACCUAGAGGCGCUUAUAUCUAUCUAAUGGUUAAUAGUGUGAACGUCAUAGAUUCGGUAGUAGACUCGUUUCAUAACACACAAGAUCUUCAAGGCGGAAAUACAGUUAUCAUUCGUCUUAAAGCUGGGGAUGUUGUAUUCACCGAAGGUGGUGCCAGUGAUCAUGUUGAAGGAUCAACAGGAUUACGCCUUACUUCGUUCUCUGGUGUUCUUUUAUACUCUUAAAAUUUUAUUUUUUUUA